AUGGAGUCAACUGCUUUGAAUGGGAGGAUGGCUCGAUGGCAGAUCUUACUGUCUGAAUUUGAUAUUGUCUAUGUGAGCCAGAAAGCUGUAAAAGGGAGCGCAAUAGCUGACUUUCUAGCUAGUAGGGCUUUGGAAGAUUACGAACCGUUAAGUUUUGAUUUUCCGAAUGAAGACUUGUUGUAUGUAGCCGCUACUGAAGAAAGUCCCCAAGAAGGUCACAGUUGGAAGCUAAACUUUGAUGGAGCCUCGAAUGCUGUGGGCAACAGAAUUGGGACAGUCUUAGUAUCCCCGAAUGGUGAUCAUUAUCCUUUCACUUGCAAAUUGGAUUUUGAUUGCACAAACAAUAUGGCAGAAUACGAAGAGUGCAUCAUGGGUAUUCGUGCAGCCAUAGAGCGAGGAAUCAAAGUAUUAGAGGUCUAUGGAGAUUCGGCAUUGGUGAUAUAUCAGUUCAAGGGUGAAUGGGAGACGAGAGAUCCCAAAUUAGUUAGCUAUCGAAAGUUGGUCCUUGAAUUGAUUAAAGAGUUUGAGGACAUCACUUUUUGCUAUCUCCCACGAGAUGAGAACCAGAUGGCCGAUGCACUAGCUACUUUAACUUCCAUGAUCAAGGUGAACAGAUAUGGGGAUAUAAGCCAAUCCAAAUGA